AUGUCUGCUCCAAACGCUAACCCACAAGACCAAUCUCAAGGUCAAUAUUACCAACAAUAUUACCAACAACAGGCUCAAGGUGCUGCUGGCGGUCAAAACUAUCAACAGUACUAUCAACAACAAGCUCAAGGCGGUAACGGUCAAAAUUUCCAACAGUAUUACCAACAACCAAUUGCAAAUGGUCAAGGUUACCAACAAGGUGGCUAUCAACAAGGUGGCUAUCAACAAGGUGGCUAUCAACAAGGCGGCUAUCAACAAGGUGGCUACCAACAAGGUGGUCGUGGUGGAUUCAAAAACAACAACAACCGUCGUAACAACUUUAACAACAAUUAUAACAACACUGGUUACCAAGGUUAUCAGCAACAGUCACAAUCUCAAGGUAUGUCUUUAGAGGAUUAUCAAAAGCAACAACUAGCUACCGCUACUCCUAAACCAAAGAAGACUUUAAAAUUAGUUUCAAGUUCUGGUAUCAAAUUGGCCAAUGCUUCCAAAAAACCUGAAGUCACUGAAACUAAAAAACCUGAAGCCGCAAAGGAAGAUGAUGUUCCAAGCGUUGCCAAACUAAGCAUUAAAGAAGAACCUGUUAAGACUGAACAAGAAACCAAGGCCAAUGCUGAACCAACUCCAAAAGCUGAAACCUUAAUAGUAGAAGAAGAGGAUGAAAUUGAUAAUGAAAUUGUCCAAGAUAUGUUCGGUGGUAAAGAUCACGUCUCUAUUAUCUUCAUGGGUCACGUUGAUGCCGGUAAAUCUACUAUGGGUGGUAAUAUCUUAUAUUUAACUGGUUCUGUGGACAAGAGAACUGUUGAAAAAUAUGAAAGAGAAGCCAAGGAUGCUGGUAGACAAGGUUGGUACUUAUCUUGGGUCAUGGAUACUAACAAAGAAGAAAGAAAUGAUGGUAAAACUAUCGAAGUCGGUAAAGCUUAUUUUGAAACAGAAAAGAGACGUUACACUAUUCUAGAUGCUCCAGGUCACAAAAUGUACGUUUCUGAAAUGAUCGGUGGUGCUUCGCAAGCAGAUGUUGGUGUGUUAGUUAUUUCUGCAAGAAAGGGUGAAUACGAAACUGGUUUCGAAAAGGGUGGUCAAACUCGUGAACAUGCUCUAUUGGCUAAAACUCAAGGUGUUAACAAGAUGAUUGUUGUUGUUAACAAGAUGGACGAUCCAACUGUUAACUGGUCAGAAGAACGUUACAACCACUGUGUUAGUAACAUUUCUAAUUUCUUAAAGGCUAUUGGAUACAACUUAAAGGAAGAUGUUAUAUUUAUGCCAGUAUCUGGUUAUAGUGGUGCUGGUUUGAAGGAACGUGUUAACGCAGCUGACUGUCCAUGGUACACAGGUCCAUCUCUAUUAGAAUAUUUGGAUAACAUGUCACAUAUGGAUCGUCACAUUAAUGCCCCAUUUAUGUUACCAGUUGCAUCAAAAAUGAGAGAUAUGGGUACUAUCGUUGAAGGUAAGAUUGAAUCUGGUCACAUUAGAAAGGGUAAUUCUACAUUAUUAAUGCCAAACAAGAUCCAAGUUGAAAUUCAAAAUAUUUAUAACGAGACAGAAAAUGAAGUGGAUAUGGCUGUUUGUGGUGAACAAGUUAAAUUAAAGAUCAAAGGUGUUGAAGAAGAAGAUGUUGCUGCUGGUUUUGUUUUAACAUCUCCAAAAAACCCAAUCAAGAGUGUAACAAAAUUUGUUGCCGAAAUUGCCAUUGUUGAAUUAAAAUCUAUUAUUUCUGCUGGUUUCGCUUGUGUUAUGCAUGUUCAUACCGCUAUUGAGGAAGUUCAAAUUACUAGAUUAUUGCACAAAUUGGAGAAAGGUACAAACCGUAGAUCUAAGAAGCCACCUGCAUUUGCAAAGAAGGGUAUGAAGAUUAUUGCCUUGUUAGAAACAGAAAAGGCUGUAUGUGUUGAAACUUAUCAAGAUUAUCCUCAAUUAGGUAGAUUCACCUUAAGAGACCAAGGUGCUACUAUUGCUAUUGGUAAGAUCAUUAAGAUCGUCGAGUAA